ACUGGAGCUGUGGCCGGCUCUUCUUCAGGUGCCGCCUCCUCACUGGAGCUGUGGCCGGCUGUUCUUCAGGUGCUGCUUCCUCACUGGAGCUGCGGCAGACGGAACAAAGCAGAGGGAAGUCACGGCGGCAUGACAGUCGAAAGCAUCUCCACAUCAAAGAGAUUCUGUAUCAGGCGGGGGGUUUCUGUGAGGCUCCUGCAGAAAUCAGUGACGUCACUUCAGUCACUGUGUGAUGUUGGUUUCUGAAGAGCGGGCGACACCUGGUGACAGGAGCUGCCAAAUCUGCCUCCCUCCUGAUGACCUUGGCGUCCCGAUGACCUUGGCUCUCGCGCAGGUGGACCUCACAGAGCCCUCCCCUCACUGAAGGCCAUGUUCCCACACGUCUGGUCACUGUGGCGGUGAGGUGACCUGCUCUCCCUCUGGCCGCAGAUUUCUGCCUGUCAGCUCGGAUAUUAAUAUUCACAUGCAAACUGCUGAUCGGACGAUAAAAUGCCCCGCAGGGCUCCACACUCUGCUGACUGGACAGUUCGUCUGCCGGCUGUUGUCCGGUUCUGAUGCUAACACGUGUGGAGACACACAUCAGACUAAGCUGCUCCAGUUGCGACUCCUCCGAUGCUAGUUAGCUUCAGUAUGGUCGCGCUGCAGCCUCGCGUAUUGUCCAGCUCUCAUGAACUUUCUGAGGUGGAGCUAACACGUGUCACCUGAGGAAGCUAGUUCACCUGUGCUCAGUUGAACAGCUGAAGUGACUGGAAUCUUUCACGAGUUCACGCACUUAAUGAUGACUGUUCACCCAGGUGUCCUAGAUCCUUGUCACUUUAGCGCUAAAGCUAAGUAGCGUUAGCAUGGCAGUGGCUGGUUAGCCAGGAAGUAAAGGAAGCACUGCUUCACGUCUUGGUUUAAUGGUUUAGCUAGUUGUUUGAUCCCAGCCUUAUUUGAUUCUGAAAUGGUUGGCAGGCUCAGCCCAGUUAGCUCGUUGCUAACAUUGCAGUUUUUCUGAAUGAAAGUUCCCCCUCUCUGGAUGCUGGUGCCGUCGGUGGCGCGCGGCUCUCUCUCUCUCUCCCGCUCUGUGGGCGGUGUGUCGUGGGGCGCCGCCACCUGAGCCGUGGCAUCCCUCCUGUAUGUUUCCUAAAAUGGUGCUCGGCUUCAUUGUCUCAGCAUGCCGGGGCGGCGCCGAGCCCAGAGAAGACGCGUGGGAAAUGACAUCCGACUCAAACGUGUCGCUGUUUUCUGCCCUUUUCAGGAGCAGCGAGGAAGAAAGGGCCCAUAAAAGUAAGACUAGCACAGAAGCACUCCAUGCUUGUAGCAGCAGUGUGAGAGGCGGCUGCGGCUGUGAUUGACAGGUCAUUUAUUGGAGCACGUUUGGGGCGUUUGACGGCUGCUGACUGAUGGUGUCAUCAGAGACUCGCUGCACUUCCCUCCCUCUCAGGAGAGCAACAGUGCUGCGCGUCAUGGAGUCUGAGGUGAGGCCUGGUCCCUGGAGAGAGCAGUCCAGUCUGGACGCAGGAGCGCCACCGUGCUGUGAAUUCACCAACAUGACGAGGGCCUUUCUUGUUGUUUGAACCCAUGAAACCCAGUGACGUUCCUUCCCAAGUUGUCUGAGCAGCAGCCGCUGGCUGUGUGUUGGCUGCGACGCUACAUUAGCCCUGCGCGUGUGUCCUGGCUGUUUCGAUCUUACUGACUGGAUCCUUCAGUGGGGCGGGUCAGCCGCAGCCAGCGCAGUAUGGAGCUGACCUCCUGACCCCAGCACCGCCUCAUGACAGACGCUGUCUUUUCUGUGGAACUGAAGGAGGUCAAGUGGCUCAUACUGUGUACCGAAAAUCUCAAUACAGUAUCGUGAGUAUUGCCAUGUUUGAGUGCGUCCGCAGUUUCUUACUGUGAACUUGACCUUUCCUCGGCUGUGUAGCGAGUGAAUGAGCUGCAGGUUAAAAGCCCUGUUAACAGGAUGAUAGAAGGAACUGAAGCUUUAUUCUUGCAUCGGAAGUAAAGCUCGGGAGGUGUUGACCCAGGAGCAGGUGGUUCUGCUGGUGUUCUGAGGGAUUCCCAGAGCGGAUGCCCCUUCUUCUUCGCUCUGUGUGUGUGUUGGAGCACUGCUGCCCCCUGCUGUCCCUUUGCGCUCACUGCACUCAACAGUAUUUCACGUUUGUUUUUUGACAACACUGGGUGAAAAGAGUGUUCCAGCAGACGCUCAUGGGCUGCUCUGUGGUGCCACUCCAUGCUCAGCCUCACACUGGGCCGACCUUCUGCGUCGGGACACCUUCGGGAGAGGAGCCUCGCUCCUGUGCUCCUAACGACGCCGGAUUUCAUCAGCGAGCAGCUGCACGUGGAUCAAAGAGCCAGUGCUCAUCAGAGCUGUUGCAUAAAGCCGGUUUGGAAGCAGCAGCGGAGAGUGGGGGUUGACUAGCCAGUGUGUCGAGGAGGAGGAGGAGCCGUGGGCGCCGGCAGCCCACACCAGCUCGCACUGCUGCAUCUCUGCAGCCCGCUCUGGACCCAACAUCCACAUCUGCGGGACUCGAUUCUCCCUCAGAGGGAAGUGAGCAGCAGGUGUGUUGGAUGUCACGCUGGGCUCCAUGCAGCUCCAGCUCUCAUGCAACCCUCUGGCUGCUCUGCCUUGCUCUCCUCACACGCGCCAUGCAAACUCUUCUGCUCAGGUCUUCGGCAGAUAGAAGCGUGUGGAAUUUCUUCACUGCCUCCCACAGACGUCCUCGAACCCAUCAUUUUCUCUGCAGUGGAGCAACGGUGACGUACGCUGGUCGCCAGUGCAGCUGAAUUUUAAAGAGCUGGCCGCCCACGCUCAACACGCCACUGCCAGGGGAAUUAGCAUCAAGUUUUCUGUGCUGUCUGCCGCGCUCUCUGCUGCUGACGGGGGUCUGGAGAGCGAGAGGAGGGGUGCAGAGGAGUCACACACACGUCCCGUGGGAGUCAGACGCUCCGACAGCCAGUGGCUGCCAGAAGCAGUGGAGUUGACGAGUCUGAAACUUUCACAUUCCCUUGUUGUGUCACGUGACCUGGCUUGUUGUGGACAUGAAUGUUGACAGCCUUUGCUUCCACCCUCCACUGCUGAUGUUGGGUCCCAGGGGCAGCAGCUGGAGUGAAGAGGCCCAGAGUUUCCUGCCCAGAAGCCACCUCCUGCUCCUCCGCCCAGUCUCUCCUGGAGGAGCUCCUCAGCUGGUCUCUGAGGUGGAGCCAGACCCCAGCUGCCCCUUCAGCGCGUGGUCCCUGAUGGUCUUCCUCCUCCUCCUCCCACAUGGACCGUGACCAAGUCUCACCCGGGCCAGUGUCGAGUUGUUGGCCUCCAUUCAGGAAAGGUGAUUCCUGCUCCGGAUGUCUCCGGCUCGCGGCUGCGUCCUCUCCUCUGCUGUCUCGGACAGAGAUCCAGGAGGUGGCGUCAGGAGUCACUUGCUGCAGCGGGAGCCUGCGGUCUCAUGGCUGGGCUUCUCCUGUGCUCCUCUGCCAGCACCUGACUCUCUUCCCACCUCUGCAGCAGGUUCUGCAGCGCCACCUCCUGUGACCCGACUCGAACAAGCGGGACGCGUCGCCGUCUGUGAGCCGUGUUCCAGUUCUGAUGCUGCUCCCUUCCAUAGACACGGCGCCGCCGCCGCCGCCUGUCUGUCACGUCUGUGGAUCAGAACCAGCCGGUCUGCUCGGCUGCAGUCACGUGUUCAACACUCGGGGAAGUUGUGAAUUUCAUUAGUGAAGCUGUGAGACGCCUCUGGGGGCUUCAGCGGCAGAGGCUCUGUGUUGAUCAGACUCGCUUGGUGGCGCCGUCACUUCGACUCCCGCAGCAGGAAGGCCCUGGGUUUGACUGCUGUUCUUGGGUUUCCUCGUGCACUCUGGUUUCCUCCCACAGCCCCGCGCGCUGGACGCUGUUGUGACUCAGUGAGAGGCCGGCCUCAGCUCAGCUGAACCGCAGAGAACCUUGCGUCCUCUGCCUUCCUCUCCAUGUGCUUGGUCAGCAACCCUUGUAGUUGAGGCUUUUGGCCAGCAGGGGGAGCGUGGCGACCGUGAAAGGCCUCUCCUCUGGUGACAUCGCACCUCAUCCACCAGGGCUGUGUGUUCCCUGCUCAUGCGCUCACACUGGCCUAGAGACUCGGGACUCGGACAUGGACUCAUCCUGGAGGCAGAUACUGGAUGAAACAUCAGAGCUGUAACAAGCUGUAUGACAAGGGUUGAUGCAGGCGCGGUCACGUGACUUGGACCGGAGCCAACGUUACAGUGGUGUCACACACUCGCAGGAGUAACUCAGGAAUCAUGUCAGUCCAGUUCUGAGUGAGAUCCCGCCCACCGCACGCCAACAUUACAGUGAUGAGGGAAGAUCCGGCCCAGGGGGAGCUGGUUUGACUCUGGAGUCUGGGGUCUGCGUGUCCAGUCGUGGUCACUGCCGUCCUCCUGACUGAGCCGAGGUCUGCAUGGAUGAAGGAGAAGCCCGUGAAGAGGGAGACGCACACUCAGACCCCGGGGAAGGGGAGCGCCGGAGGUCCGACGUGGAUCAUGUUGCAGUGCUUCGGGGGUCGAAGACCGAGCCGACACGAGUGCAGGGAACGGGACUGUCUGCUGGACGGUCAGCAGAUCAUCCAGGACCCCGACUUCCUGGUGCUGUCAGACUCCUUCGUCAACAGCCAGGAAUGGACAUUGAGCCGCUCGGUGCCCGAGCUGAAAGUGGGGAUUGUGGGAAACCUGUCCAGCGGGAAGUCUGCUCUGGUCCACCGAUAUUUGACGGGGACGUACGUGCAGGAGGAGUCUCCAGAAGGUGGUCGAUUCAAGAAGGAGAUCGUGGUGGACGGCCAGAGCUACCUCCUCCUGAUCAGAGAUGAAGGAGGCCCCCCGGAGCUGCAGUUCGCCGCGUGGGUGGAUGCAGUGGUGUUCGUCUUCAGCCUGGAGGACGAGAUCAGCUUCCAGACGGUCUACAACUACUUCCUGCGCCUCAACAGCUACAGGAACACGGCGGAGGUCCCCAUGGUCCUCGUGGGAACACAAGAUGCCAUCAGCGCCGCCAACCCCAGAGUGAUCGACGACUCGCGGGCCAGGAAGCUCUCCAACGACCUGAAGCGCUGCACCUACUACGAAACCUGCUCCACCUACGGCCUGAAUGUGGAGAGAGUCUUUCAGGACGUGGCUCAGAAGGUGGUGGCCAUGAGGAAAAAGCAGCAGCUCUCCAUCGGCCCCUGUAAAUCCCUGCCCAACUCCCCCAGCCACUCCUCGGUCCCGGCUGCUUCCAUCCCCUCUGUCCACAUGAACCAGGCGGCCAACGGCGGCUGUGCCUUCAGCGACUACUCCUCCUCUGUGCCCUCCACCCCCAGCAUCGGUCAGCGGGAGAUGCGCAUCGAGACCAUCGCCGCCUCCAACACGCCCACCCCCAUCCGCAAGCAGUCCAAGCGCCGCUCCAACAUUUUCACAUCACGGAAAGCCAGUGAACAAGCAAAGAGCGUUGAGAGUAAAACAGACAGCAUAGGCAGUGGGAGGGCCAUUCCCAUCAAGCAGGGAAUCCUCCUGAAGCGCAGCGGCAAAUCCCUCAACAAGGAGUGGAAGAAGAAAUACGUGACUCUCUGUGACAACGGCCUGCUCACUUACCACCCCAGUUUACACGACUACAUGCAGAACGUGCACGGGAAGGAGAUCGACCUGUUGAGGACCACGGUGAAGGUUCCUGGGAAACGGCCUCCUCGAGCCGUGGCCACCGUGGCCCCCACUGCCAGUCCCAAAACCAACGGCAUGAUGAAGGACCGGAGCGGCCUGCAGCUGGGGAUCGCAAACACAGGUGCGGCCCACUCCGGCAGCAGCAGCAGCAGGGAGGGCCUGAUGCACCAGCGCUCCUGCUCCGUGUCCAGCGCUGACCAGUGGAAUGAAGCCGUCAACAGCAGCAGCAGCGCCGCCGCCGCCGCCGCCGCCCCUAAUGGAACGAAUGAUCCUGCCAACGCCAGCUUGAGCAGCGCCACCAGUCCCAAACUGGAGCCUCCUCCCUCGCCACAUGCCAACCGCAAGAAACACCGGCGGAAAAAGAGCACCGGCAUCACCAAGCCGGACGGGCUGUCGGCCAGCAACGAAGAACAAGAAGACUCGUUCGAGUUCAUCAUCGUGUCGCUGACGGGUCAGACCUGGAACUUUGAGGCGUCCACCUACGAGGAGCGGGAGCUGUGGGUCCAGGCCAUCGAGAGCCAGAUCUUCGCCAGCCUGCAGUCGUGUGAGAGCAUCAAGAACAAGUCUCGGUUAGGCAGCCAGAGCGAUGCCAUGGCCAUCCAGUCCAUACGGAACGUGAGGGGCAACAGCUUCUGCGUGGACUGUGACGCCCCCAACCCAGACUGGGCCAGCUUAAACCUGGGGGCGCUGAUGUGCAUCGAGUGCUCGGGGAUCCACCGGAACCUGGGCACUCACCUGUCCCGCGUGCGCUCCUUGGACCUGGACGACUGGCCGGUGGAGCUCAGCACGGUGAUGACCGCCAUCGGCAACGCCAUGGCCAACAGCGUGUGGGAGGGAUCGCUGGAGUCCUACACCAAACCAGGGAGUGACAGCUCCAGAGAAGAGAAGGAGCGCUGGAUCCGAGCCAAGUACGAGCAGAAGAUGUUCCUGCUGGCUCUGCCCCAGUCCGACGUGCCGCUGGGGCAGCAGCUGCUGCGGGCGGUGGUGGAGGACGACCUGAGGCUGGUGGUGCUGCUGCUGGCCCACGGCACCAAAGAGGAGGUCAACGAGACCUACGGGGACGGAGACGGACGCACGGCGCUGCACCUCUCCUGCGCCAUGGCCAACGUGGUCAUCACUCAGCUGCUCAUCUGGUACGGCGUGGACGUGAAGAGCCGGGAAGCCCGAGGGCAGACGCCGCUGUCGUACGCCCGCAGCGCCGGCAGUCAGGAGUGCGCCGACAUCCUGCUCCAGCACGGCUGCCCCAACGACGGCUCCACGCCCAACAUGAGCCGCCGGAACCCCAACAUCAACAACAACAACGCCCAGUGUGAGCUGAACCGCAGCAUCAGCAUCAUGUGAAGCCCAGGACUGACGUGGGUCUGUGGGAUUCGGACUUUCUUUCAACUGUGGUUUUUUUUAUUGGGAAAGCUUUCAGGCUCUUGUUUUUUAAGCGUCAACCAAACAAAUGACGUACUUUAGCUUCCACACCUUCCCCGCCUCCCGAGCGUUUCCUUAAUGCGCCGCCAUUUCCUGCCUCCUGCUGCGGCGGCUGAUCUCACCAGUCAGGAUGAGAGAUUUGCUCUGCCUGAGAGUAAUAACACCAAACUGUGAGGAAUAGUUUCACAAGUGACAAAACACUGGGGUGGGGGGAGGCUGCUGCCUCUUGCUUAGUAAUGAUGCAUGUCCUCGCCGGCGCCGGCCCAAACAAUGCUUCACAGGCCUAACUCUCAGUCACAGGGGGCGCUAGUGAGUCCCUCCCAACCAGCCUCACCGCUCCACCCUGUGCAGCAAGCUGCAGCCCCUCGUGUAUAUAGCGACGUCCAAGCCAUAGAGAAGCAAGGUGGGAUUCCAGAGGCUAAAAAAGGAGCCGAGUCUCCGCAUUGUUGCUGUGAAAUACAUAUACUAUCGGUACUGUGCGUGUGUUUGUGUACAUACUGUACGGUGUGUGCUUCAUCUGUGACCGUCACCACGGAGGAGGAGGAGCAGGAGGAGGAGGAGCGCCUGCAGUGAGGAGCCUGGGAGGCCUUCAGCCUGUUGCUCCGUCUGACCUGGGGCGACCCACUGAGUGGACGGAGAAGCAGGUACUGGCUCUGUCGUGGACGCGUGUGUGUGAUCCUGGCCACUUUGGUGGCUCCAAUAAUAUUAACAAUAGUGUUGUCUCAGCUCUGGAACUACAACACUCCAGCACGUGAUGAUGCAGCUUCAUGUCAUGACACUCCGCUCCGCCACACACACACACACGCCUGCAGCAUCACGACACCUGCCGUGGUUUAACAACAACACGUUUGUUGGAAAGUGCGGCGAGAUGAUCACAAACAUGCAGCCAGUGCGUCCGUUUGUCUGUCCAGACGUGUCGGCAGCAGGGUGACCAUCACCGGUCUAAAAUGAGCCCAACUUUGGGCGUAAACACACAGUUCAACUGUGAUGGGCCGUGAACGUGUCAGGCUCCAAAGUAAAGAGCCACUUGCUGAGAAGCCACAUCACAUGAUGCUGCAUUGCUGGGACCUCGCUGGAGCUGAAAUGACGGACAGAGCGACACCUGUCAGUCAUGUUGAGACUCUGGUUCACUCGGAACGUCUGACGGCAACAGUGGCCGAAUGUUUAUGUGAAGUGGGAGAAGCGUCGAGUCAGCAGCAAACGCCACCCAGAUGGUGCUGACUCGCUGCUGAUGGACCUUUCGACACGACGUGAAGCUCCUGGAUAUCAAUGUGACCACUCAUGUUUGGUACUUGUGUAUAAUUAUGUACAUUUGACAUAUUUAUAAUGCAGUAUGUAAAUAUUGUUUCCUGUUGCAUUUUUAUUCCAAUGUUGAUUUUCCUAUCAUGUUUUUCCGUUGACGUUCAGAACAAAGCUAACUUGUCGUUCGCUCGGAUGCUUGGCUGACUGCUGACCUAUCAAUAACUCAUGAAUAAAAAGACCAUGUAGCCUUCCCAGGUUCAGGGAAACCAACGGGUUCCACUGUCGCUGCUUUUGUCCUCGCCGUCACAUGCCCAUGAAGCACUGCAGCAGUGUGAACAGAGAGUGAAGCAUGUCUCCUGCUCAGGUCUUGGUCGGCGCCACUCCUCAGGUGGACACUGCUUCACAGCCCCAGGAGCAGCCUGGCUCUGCUCUGACGCGAGGCGCUGGGGACGCAGCGCUAGCUCACCAUCAGAACACACACACUGCUGUGUUGCAGGGUUCCGUCACGCGAUCUCCAGCACGGGAGGCGUCUGUCCGACAGUCACAUGACACUGGAGAAGAAAAGUCCAAUGGUGUUUGUUUUAAUCCAGAGUUUGUUGCCGUCAGUUUUCAAGAUUUUCAAUGGUGUUGUAAUUCACCUGAUAAUGUUUUCAGUUUGUUCCAUUCGAAAUCCCCUUUUUACGUUUAUAUAUUGACUGGAGGCCUGUGCUCAUUUUGUGCCUAUUAACAUUUCACCAUGCCUCUUUGACCUCUUUCUUCCCCUUCACUUUUGUUUCGAAGGUCCAGUGUUUCCCUUCAGUUUGCCGGGUGUCAACAACAAAACGGAGUUGAAAGCGACAUCACCAAACCAAGAUGGCGCCGCUUCCGGCUCGUGGACCCCCGACAGCGGCUGAAAGGGGAUUAGGAUCAAGAGUCCGGCUUAGUGUCAGGGAGCACGGCUCCGUGGCGAGGAGUCAAAGGAGUGCGUGUCGAGGGGAGUCUAAUCCACUGCUCACUUGCCGCUCGUCUGCGCGCACCUCUUGAUCGCUUCCUCUCGGCCUCCAGUGACGCGGAAGUACUGCGUGGUGACGUCAUCUCUCUGCUCCCGCCGGUAAAUUGGCGCGGCGUCAUUCUAGUGUUCAAGUCCGUGAGACGUUUUGUGCAUUAGAAGAGCAACAUCUUAAGGAAGUUUAGCAACUAAGCUGCUGCCACGGUGAGACCUGCGUUGUUGUUCGAGUGACACCGUCACGUUUGUCGCACGAUUUAAACUAUCACCUCCAUUUUGAAACUGUUGCGUCUGGGAAACAAGUUCUCGCCACAAACAACUGGCUCCUAAUGCAACAUUCUUAAAACUGUUCUGCUUUAGCUCAGUAUAGUGGGAGACAUUUGUAUAUGUUCAUUUUCCCAUUAUUAACUGUUGGAGCAGUUUAAGUGACACGUGUGAAAAUAAAAGGUUAAAUGUGCAUAAAUAUAAUACAUUACAUUAUAUAAUAAGUUUUACAUUUGAUAGUGAAAUAAUCUAAAU